CCGGUCGGCUCUGGCGGCCGGAGAGUAAGUACUGUGUGCGGUGUACACGAGCGAGAGCGAGUCCGGCGCUCGGAGUUGGAGUGUGAGUCUGGAGUAGUGAGUGAACGAGUCUGGACUAGCGGGCUACCCCGGUUCCGAGUCAGUCAGUGUGCCACCGGCAACCGUAGCCUCGGUGCGGAGAACGUGGAUACGCUUCAGCGAUUCUCUGUUUCGCGUCUUUUUUUUUUGUUUUGUUUCCCCUCUUCUGGCUCCUCCGUAAUACUCGGUGACACGCGCGCGUUCGUACACACGGAACAGAGCGAAGCGAACGACCGUUACCUCAAAGUGCAAGAUUGUUACGUGAAGACGAUUUUACCCUCUGAAUGAUCCGUUCGAAGAGACUCCAAGCGAGAGAGAUACCUCAACGUCGUUGCCCUCUGUCACUCAUCGGUUUUUUUUCCCCCCUCCGACAAGUGCAACCCACGUCCAUUCUAUUCCCUCGUUCGUGUUGACAAAUGGGGAAAAAGUAACGCGAGGAAUGAUCAACACGGGGACGUGGAGCGAGCCGCGUGAACGUUGCUAAUAUAUCGAGAACUGUUCGCCGCCAGAAGUUGCCGGCAGAAUAUCCGCUGUGCGUCACGCGUACCACACGGGACGAAGACACUACCGGAAGAGUUCUACCUCCCACGAAGAUAUCUGUCCUUUCUUUUCCUCCUUCAGCUGAUUCUACUCGAUCUCCGUCGUCGUGUCGCGUUGCCAAUUUUCGUUGGUAAUCGUUUCUUCUAGUGACAAUUCCGCCACGGUGACAUUUUCAUAGAUCAGUCGGCCCUCGAUCUGUUGUUGUUCGAGAUUUUAAUUUCACUGCGACAGGAUCGUCGCGCGUCUAUCGAAACCGCCUAGUGACGGUGAAAUUCGAAGAGGAAGAGAAGGGAAGUCCAAGAAAAGGAAGAAGUAUCGAAUCGAGAAUCGAUCGGCAAGUGUUAUGUUACGUCGUAUCGAACGAGUGUCGAGUACAAAUCGUUGAAGAUCAUGAUGGCAACUGUGCUGUGGUAGCCGUGUGGGUAAUAGUUCGUUGGAACAGAUUGGGCAGCAAGGGAACGAGGCUGGCAAAGAUUGAAACGAUGCUCGAGGAUCAACCGUUGGAUUUGAGCGUUCGGGUUGGAGAUUACGCGGAGUUCUCCAGAGAGGAGAACGAUCAGGAUCAGGAUCGGAAGGAGCCGAUCGACGACUACGGGAACGCCGCGGCAGCGCUCAGGUUACGAGGAUGCUUCGUCGCCACCACGUCCACCGAAUACUCCCAAGAAAGGGAGGAUCGUACCUGUUCCGAGGAUUCGGACGACUCGUGCUCCGACAAUAACCAAAAGGACGGUAGCACGAGAUCGAGGUCCAGACCACCCGGUACCAAACCGUACAAGAAGAAUCUUAUGAGACGAUACCUGGAUACCAGGGAGGUCCAGCCACACGAUGCGAACGAGAAGGAGCAACUUGGCCUGGCGAGCGUUAAAGCAGAACCAGGAUCGACCGGUACGACGACGACCACCACGGGGACUCGUCUUCUGCACGGUAUUCUGUCGCAGCAUCCUCAGCAGCACGGUCUAGGGGUGCAAAACGGAUACGGCCGCCACUUGGCCGGUCAUGCUCAGAUGGGCCAACCGUCCUACACCACUGCCACGAUCGCCACCACCAGUACACCAGGAAGCGGAUCACUGCCAGCGAGCCCCGCGGACAGCGGAGUCAGCGACGUCGAGUCCAGCACGUCCUCGGGCGGUAACGAGGACGCGAAUCUGUUACUGAAAGCCAGGCUCAACCCUAACUCGUCCCUUCAGCCAAGUCUAGCGUCCCAUCAUUCUCACUUGUCGUCAGCAGCACUCGGCAGGUCAGCCUGUCACAGUCCUGGCGUUUAUCCGUCGACGGCGGGCUUCCUGCCGCCCUCCUAUCAUCCUCAUCAGCAUCAUCCCUCCCAGUACCAUCCGCACAGAGGGAGCUCGCCUCACCAUCAACACGGGAACCACACGAUGGGCCCGACAAUGGGACCGCCCCACCAUCAUCACCACCAUCAAACGCAGAGUCUACAACACUUGCAUUAUCGUCAGCCACCUACACUGUCCGAGAGUUACAGCAGUUAUGUGAAUUCGAUGUACGCCAGCGGGGCCCAAUUUGCUACCCCUUGUACUCCUAGCCCACCACGGGGACCCGGUGGAGUUCCAACGAGCGUGAUUCAAGCAGCAACCAGUUCAGUCUCCGAUGACCUGUACCUGCUGGAAUUAGGCUUUCCCCCACGGUCGAAAAAGAACAAGCUGAAAAAGCCACGCCAAGGGGAUGGUGCCGCGGUGAAGAGGAAAUCUCGCGAGGGUUCAACAACGUACCUAUGGGAGUUCUUGUUAAAGUUGCUGCAGGAUCGGGAGUACUGCCCUCGAUACAUCAAAUGGACGAAUCGUGAACGAGGUGUCUUCAAACUGGUGGACAGCAAGGCGGUCUCACGUUUAUGGGGUUUGCACAAGAAUAAACCGGACAUGAAUUACGAAACGAUGGGCAGAGCUCUACGUUAUUACUAUCAGCGUGGUAUACUGGCGAAAGUCGACGGGCAAAGGCUGGUCUAUCAGUUUGUCGACGUACCGAAGGAUAUUAUAGAAAUUGACUGUACCGGCGCGUGAGACAAGACUCGUUCUUUGAGGGAACAACAGCACGAGAGGCGAGCUGUACUGGAGAAGAGUGAUUUGUGUAUUCGUGCGGCGAUCUUUCGCGAGAACAGAUAUUUUUCAUUGUCAUCGCCGUCGUUCUCGUCGAGCAGCUCUUCCUGCCACAGUGUGCCCGUUUGGUACACCCCUCAGACGACUUAAAGUGUAAAGCAUGCCCUCUCUCUGACUUCGUUUGUUCCUUGUAUUAUAAAUUCAUAUAUACUGUAGGCGUAUGUAUAGUAAAACGCGAAUAGCACGUGUGCGCAUGCGCACCAAUGCUGCGCGCGAGAGGAUGAAUGUUUGUUUCUAUUGACGCGAUAGCUGCCACGAUAUACGUAUACAAUUAUAUCGUAAUUUCGUCCUUUUUUGGUCUUUCUUUUUUGUUUUUUUAAUUUUUUUUUUCUUGUUACUCCUUGACGACAAACGAUCGUAGUAAUCGUACUAAGCUUUACAACGUUUAUAUAUAUAUAUAUAUAUAUACACGUUGAGCUCGUUCAAAUUUGUACAAAAUUUAAUUCUUAAAGAUGCUACGGCACAAGUGUUAUUAAAUGUAUUUUAACUGAGAGUAAACAAAGAAAAGAAAAAAAAUAACAUGAAUCUAUUACUUAACGUAUAGCCGGGAUGUAGGCAAACGAUUGUACAUUCAAGAACGCGAUAAAUUAUUUAUUGUAUAUUAGACGAUUAUAUAUGUUACCUAGAACGAAAACAAAAAGAAGAAAAAGAAAUUGUUAUAUAACGUGUCGACGAAGAGGAACCAUAAGAAAGCAAAGGGGAAGUAAAAUUUAUGAAGUGUAUGCACGCGAACGUGGGAAGUUUAAUGAAAAAGAAAAAAAAAAAACGAAACGAAAUGAGGGCUGUGAAGAGAUUCAGAAAGGAGGAAAAUAUGAUAGUGCGGAAAUGAUUAAGAUGUUUAAAAUGUUUUACGGAGCGAGCUCAGGGAGAGGUACACGUAUAUACAGACACACAUCUCUACAUUACACGUCCACACAAACACACGCAUACACACAAAACAUACACGCACACUCUGUUCACACACUAUAUUUUUUUAAAUAUAAGCGAAAAAAAAGGGCGACUCUUCUAUUUGAGCUGAGGGUUCAACAAUGUAAGGUGCUGGCUAUACACACGAGGUCCAAGAAUGUUAUUUAGCAAGCUAGUUACUAAUUCUUUAAAAAAAAUUAUUGAAACAGACAUAUAUCUCUGUAUAUAUAAAAAUAUACCUUUAGUAUAUAUAUUAUUGAAUAUUAUAUAUAUAUUAUAUGAAUAUAUAUUGUAUGUUAUGUAGUAAAUGGAGCGAGUUAAUGUGUCUAUGAGAUUUUUCUGUCACGUCUGCGUAGAGGGAAGUUUAAGUAACCGUCUAUCUGUACGAUGCCUCUAUUCGUGUCUUUAUAUAUUUAUAAAUAUAUGAAGAAAAGAAAAGAAGGAAAAAGAAACAAACAUAUAGAAGCAUUAUUGUUUUUCCUUUGUGUUGUAUGUUUUUUUUACAAGAUUUCGAUACUGGGAUCAAACGCUAAGGAAUCAAUUUUGCGCGGUCAGCGAUUUGAUUGCAUGACCCGCAAAGAAAAAAAAAAACGCACAUCCGCGUGUUUCUCAUGCUCAGCCAGAAUCAGAGACAUCGUACUUUUCUAAACGUUUAGAAUGUAAUAGCCUUCCUGAUGUACGGGGCAGAGUGUUUGGAAUAUGAUAAGUUAGAAAGAAAAUUAAUUUAUUGAGCAGCAGCCCGCCCCUGAAUACGGACGUGACAUGCGAGUGCAAGCGUAUCCUAUAGAAAUAAGUUUUGUACAUAAAGAUUCGUUGAGAGCAUACUUAGAAAGAACAUUACGCUGGUUAAAUCUUCGUAAACAUGGACAAAUGAAAAGAAACAGAUAGAAAAAGAGAAAUAAGAGAGUCGGAGAGAACAGAAAAGAUAAGAGCGGGAUACACCAUCGAAGUGUAGCUCCUCGGGAAGUUGUUCUUUCACCUCUAAACAUUUCAAAGAAGAACAAUAAAUAAACAUCACCUCUAAACAUUUCGAAGAAGAACAGUAAAUAAUAGAAGAAGAAAAAAACGAUGAAGUGCUGCCAAUAAUGCCUGUAAACAGUCCCUUGCAUUUUUUUUUGUCACGUAAAAGAAGAAAAUGAUGAAAGAAAGAAUGAUUAUAAAACUGAUUAUAAAAAGGAUUAAUACACGCGGUUUAUUAAAAUCAAGAAGAAAUGUCUUGGGACGCCAGACAUACCAGAUGAUACAAAGCGAAUUGCCUUCUUGUAAUUAACAAAAACGUGUUGCCUUCUAACAAAAAAAAACAUAUUAAAAAAAAGUUCUAGCAAUUUGUAUUUGUAAUACCAUUGACUUUGUCCGGGUACUUAAAGAAAGAAAACUUUUAACGCUGUAUAUCAUACUCCCUUUGUCAGCAUAGAAUUUUGUAAUUUUUGUCAAGAGAAAUAUAAUAAUGAUAAUGAUAAUGAUAAUAGUAAUAAUGGGAAAAAGAAAAAAAAAAUUGAGAAACGUUUUUGGUACACGAAGACUUUUUUCAUAUCGCACUUUGCAUACACGUAUCAGAUGAAAAAUAUACUUAAAAAAUACAAUAAAAAAAAAGAUAAGCCGGAUAUAAUGAGAGAGAGAAUGAGUGAAUGAGAGAGUGAGAGAGAGUGAGAGAGAGAAAGAGAGAAAGAGAAAGAAAUUAAAUACAUCAGAGUACAAUGGAUAAAAAAGCAAGUACCUAUAAAUAGUACCACUUCUAUACAUAACAUCCACUUAUAAACAAUGAAUGGACACUGCAACAAAAAAAAAAUCCUAUUUUUAGGUAAAUUAAAUUUACAUAUACAUAACGAUUGACUACGCUACAAGAUAUUUUAACAAAUAAGACUUUACUGUAAUAGGGAUAAAUCUAUAAUUAUUUGUAAAAUAAUACGAAGACACGAUGGAUUGACGUAAGAAACUCUAAUGUAACGUUCUGUGAUUCGUUGUUUGUAGGUGAAAUUUAAUAAAAGAUUACUGUAUCAUAA